AUGCUGGAUAUUUUCCGCAGUUACUAUGGCGGUCUGAUUUGCGUUUGCUGGUCCCCCGAUGGCAAGUACGUCGUGACUGGCGGUCAAGACGAUCUGGUAACCAUCUGGUCUUUCCCGGAGCGCAAGAUAGUUGCUCGAUGCCAAGGCCACAACUCCUUUGUUUCGGCCGUUGCAUUUGACCCAUGGCGCUGUGACCAGCGGACCUACCGAUUCGGGAGCGUUGGAGAUGAUUGCAGACUGCUCCUCUGGGAUUUCAGCGUCGGCAUGCUCCACCGUCCUCGCGCAGUACGUUUUCCACUUGUUUUCUCUCUGGGAGUGUCAAAACUAACAAUUUUCAACUCCACCAGGCAACCGCUCGUCAACGGGGUAGUAUUGCCGCCCCCGGCUUACAGCCUGCUGGCCGCCAUCGCGCAGACAGUGGCGGCAUUACUCGCCUCAGAUCGGACUCUGAGAAAACUGAAAAAUCCGACGGCGAUAUUGAGCAGACUAGCCACCCCAUCGAACCCAGAUCGCGGACUGCUCUGCUGCCCCCUAUCAUGGUGA